AUGGGCAAGUUCCUGCACGCCUGCGAAGGAGAACUCAUCUGCGAAUCCGUCAACCCCAAAGUGCCAUUCUUCAAUGCCCCGAUAUACCUCGAGAAUAAGACGUCGAUAGGAAAAGUCGAUGAAAUUCUCGGGCCGAUCAACCAAGUCUACUUCACAAUCAAACCCCAGGAGGGCAUCCAAGCUACGUCUUUCAAGACUGGCGACAAAUUCUACAUUGGAGGAGACAAGCUUCUACCGCUAGAAAAGUUUCUUCCAAAGCCCAAAGCCCCCCCAGGUAUGAACCUAUCGCUGCAAGAGACAAUGCACCCAACUCACACAUAUUCAGGCACGAGGGUCAAGCGGCCUGUAGGUGCUCGCGGAGCUUUCUCUGGUGCACGAGGUGGUCGAGGCGCUCCCAGAGGCCGAGGAUCCUUUGGUGCAGGUGGACGAGGCGCUCCCAGAGGUAGAGGAUCAUUUGGAUCGUUCGGUGGAGGUCGGGGUGCUCCCAGAGGCGGUGCUCGCGGUUUCUCUGGUGGCCGGGGAGGAUCAAGAGGCGCCCCUCGCGGCCGCGGCAGAUUCUAG